AUGUCCAACUGGCGACCCGCAUGCGGCCCGCGGCGCCUUUUAUUUUGCAACUUGAGGUUGCAACCUCACCGGGGUGAUCCGUGCUACCGGAAGGCAAUGGCGGCUGUAAGGGGCGGUGGGUGGCGAUCGGAAGACAAUGGCAUCGGAAGUGAAGGGCUUGAACAAAAACAGGGCGCGGCGGGGCCGGGCGGGGCGGGGCGGGGCGGCCCAGAAGGAAGGGUCGAUACCGUUGCCGGAGCAGACCACGCGAAUGCGCCAGCGCUGCCGAAUUACGGUUCGCUGACGCGGCGUUUAGUUAAGCUCCUCCGAAAAGGGCGCAGAAACUAA